GUAUAAAUCUUGUGUCGUCUGACAACUGAACAGCAGACGAGAGGCGCAUUAAAGAAUGUAAACAACUGUGUGUAUUAAAACUGCACCAUGAAGGCAUGUGAGGAACUUAUUGUAAUAUUAGGCCUUGCUCUUAGAAUCUCUGGAUUGUCGGACUUGGUAUUUGCCAAGGAGUACUCCAGCAAGGCCGGAAAUCUGAAAAAGAGACCGGAACUAAGGUUGGAUGAAGCAUGGCUGACCAUCAAUUCUACAGUCAACUUCAACAUUCUACUUUUCUCCUUGAAUGAUCAAUGUUGGAAGUGUAAUCCAGUGUUUGUGGACACGAUACCUAUGCACAGCAUCUACACACUUAAAGUAAACACUACAUAUGGCACAACAAUUUAUCUCAAAGAAAAUGACCUAACAGGGAAAGCGGAUGAAACGUUCUGCACAUUUCACAAGAAAUUUACAGAGACAGGAGAUUAUUGGAUUUUCGUUACAAACCAAGAAUUCCUCAAUCAUGACUGCAGCCUUCUCCAGAUUAACGACCCUCUUCCGGCGGAAAUGCCGAUAUUGUAUGUAUUUGGGGGACUUCUGGUGCUGUGGAUCAUCGGAGACAUGAUAGUUAGAUUAGACAGAAAGUACAAUAAAUCACAGUCCAUAAAUAUAACGGAUCCGGAGAAUGCGCCACGAAAUUUACGAAUGAAGUCUCUCCGACAAACUGCCAACGGAUUUUCAGACAUGAACGGACAAAACGGUUUACCGAAUGACCAAAACGACGCUCACCAGCGGUACUCCACACACAAUAAAAGAGAAAGACUGAAAUCACUGGAUACUUUCAGAGGAUUGAGUCUGAUGAUUAUGAUAUUUGUCAACUAUGGAGGUGGGGGAUACUGGUUUUUUGACCACCCUCCGUGGAAUGGAUUGACAGUUGCAGAUCUAGUGUUUCCAUGGUUUGUUUUCAUUAUGGGAACAGCAAUGAAUUAUUCCUUUCGCGGUAUGAAGAAGAGAGGCGUCCCUAGAUAUAGAAUGCUAUACAAGGUUCUCAGGAGGGCAAUUCUUCUAUUCUUUAUUGGGAUUGUUCUGAACACAAAUUGGGGACCCGUGGACUUGAAGAAUAUCCGUAUUCCCGGUGUACUACAGAGGUUUAGUCUCACGUACCUUGUUCUGGGGCUCAUUGAGAUCUGCUUCUGUCGGUACGAUACGCCAGAUAAAUACCAGGACAGAUGUUGGUCCCCUCUGAGAGACAUUCUACUGUUCCUCCCACAGUGGUUUCUGUCUCUUGGGAUCCUAGCAGCAUAUGUAUGUUUGACCCUGCUUCUUCCCAUAGGCGAUUGUCCGACGGGGUACAUUGGACCAGGCGGGCUACACGAUGGAGGACAAUUUUAUAAUUGCACGGCCGGAGCGGCCGCUUACAUUGAUAUCAUGGUGCUGGGUAAAAACCACAUAUACGGAAAACCGACACCUCAUAUUAUAUACCAGACAACAACGCCUCAUGACCCUGAGGGGAUUUUGGGGACACUAUCUUCAAUCUUCCUGUGCUUUUUAGGAUUACAGUCUGGUCGAAUCCUUCUGUAUUAUGUUGGUCAUGCCAGUCGAGUGGUUCGGUGGCUUAUUUGGGCAGUAAUUACGGGAGCCAUUGGAGGGACGCUGUGUAAGUUCUCUAUAAAUGAUGGCUGGAUUCCCCUCAACAAGAACCUAUGGUCGGUUUCGUUUAUAAUGGUGACCGCCUGUUUUGCAUUCAUCCUUCUCUCUCUUCUUUAUCUUAUCAUUGAUGUUGCCAAAAUAUGGGACGGGACUCCUUUUAUUUUUCCGGGAAUGAACUCUCUGGUUGUGUACGUGUGCCAUGACGUGUUUUAUCGAUUUUUCCCUGUCAACUGGGCGAUGGAGAAUCCGAUGCACUGGCACUUACUUCUGAAAGCAGUGUGGGAUACAGCAAUAUGGGUUGUUUUGGCGUAUAUUCUUUACAGAAAGAGGAUAUUUAUUGCGCUGUAAACUUUCCUUAUGUUAUAAAAACGUUUUUAUUAUAAGCAUAAAUCAAAUUUUGAUACUAUAUUUUUGAUGAAUUGAACACUUGAUAUUAAAAAAUAUAUUAAAUGAAUAACUAUUUUCAUGAUCAGCGUCAUUGCGUAUACAAUCAUCUAGCACGAGAAACAAGAUGUACAUAGUGUCCAUAACUUCAAUAAAAUAAAAGCUAUGAAGAUAAAUAAUUGCAAAAUUUGA